CUUCCGUUUGGCCACAGUCAGAUGCUGGGUUCCUCCAGUGCUUCGCCCACUUCUCUGUGCCCAGCUCAUAAAUGCUAGAAGGUUCUCCGGCUUCAGGGGUGAUUGGGUUUUCAUCCAGUGUGCUUUGAAGACAAGACCAAACGUCUUCCCCAUCCACUGGGAGCCGAGUCCUGCGGGAAGCUCCAUGGUUACCCACGGCAAGUGGGCACGUGAUUCUCAAUGCCUCUCUGCUUGCAGCUCACAGGGCCCAAAGGAGGAGGACCCGCGCCCCCACGUGCAUGCCCUGCAGCCUUGGGGUGACACUGGGACCCGGCGGGCACGACCCAGGUCAGCAGCAGCGUAGAUGGCUCGGCUCCCCAUGGGCAUCCGCUUCUUCGUCUCCUUCUCCAGGGACCAGUGGUACAGAGCCUUCAUCUUCACCUUGACCUUCGUGCUGUAUGCGAGUUUCCACUUGUCCCGCAAGCCCAUCAGCAUAGUGAAGGGCGAGCUGCACAAGUACUGCACCACCUGGGACGAGGCUGACGUCAGAUCCAGCGGCGAUGGCGGCAGAGCCGGCUACGCGCCCCCUCGCCAGCUCCAAGUCAACCAGACAGACUGUGGCUGGGCACCAUUCGAUAAGAGCAACUACCAGCAGCUGCUCGGGGCCCUGGACUACUCCUUCCUGUGUGCGUACGCCGUGGGCAUGUACCUCAGCGGCAUCAUCGGGGAGCGCCUGCCCAUCAGGUACUACCUGACGUUCGGCAUGCUGGCCAGCGGCGCCUUCACCGCCCUCUUCGGGCUCGGCUACUUCUAUGACGUGCACAGCCUGAGCUUCUACGUGGUGACUCAGGUCAUCAACGGGCUGGUGCAGACCACCGGCUGGCCCAGCGUCGUCACCUGCCUUGGCAACUGGUUUGGAAAAGGAAGGCGAGGCCUGGUCAUGGGCGUCUGGAACUCACAUACGUCUGUGGGCAACAUCCUCGGGUCCCUGAUCGCCGGCUACUGGGUGUCCACCUGCUGGGGCCUGUCCUUCGUCGUGCCCGGGGCCAUCGUGGCGGCAAUGGGCAUAGUAUGCUUCCUCUUCCUCAUCGAGCAUCCGAAGGACAUCCGGUGCUCCUCCUCCCUGCUGGCGCAUGCCAAAGGCUGUGAGAGCAGCUCAAACCGAUUCCGAGUACAGAAGACAAGCUUGAGCAGCGACAAGAGCAGGCCGCUGGACCCCGAGAUGCAGUGCCUGCUGCUGUCGGACGGCAAGAGCUCCGGCCACCCGAACCACGUGGUCAUCCUUCCGGGGGACGGGGGCAGCGGCAUGGCCGCCAUCAGCUUCCUGGGCGCCUUGAGGAUUCCGGGCGUCAUCGAGUUCUCGCUGUGUCUGCUGUUUGCCAAGCUGGUCAGCUACACCUUCCUCUUCUGGCUGCCACUGUACAUCACGAGCGUGGAUCACCUGGACGCCAAGAAAGCUGGUGAGCUCUCCACCCUGUUCGACGUGGGCGGGAUCUUCGGUGGGAUCCUGGCGGGCGUGAUCUCAGACCGCCUGGAGAAACGGGCCUCCACCUGCGGCCUCAUGCUGCUGCUGGCGGCACCCACGCUCUACGUCUUCUCCACCGUCAGCAGGAUGGGCCUAGAGGCCACUGUCGCCAUGCUGCUGCUCAGUGGGGCCCUGGUCAGCGGGCCCUACGCGCUCAUCACCACUGCCGUCUCUGCCGACCUGGGUACUCACAAGAGUCUGAAGGGGAACUCCCACGCCUUGUCCACCGUGACGGCCAUCAUUGAUGGGACCGGCUCUGUAGGAGCCGCCCUGGGUCCUCUGCUGGCCGGCCUCAUCUCCCCGUCCGGGUGGGGCAACGUCUUCUACAUGCUGAUGUUUGCUGACGCCUGUGCCUUGCUGUUCCUGAUCCGCCUCAUUCACAAGGAGCUGAGCUGUCCGGGGCCAGUGGCGAGUGACCAGGCUCCACUGAAGGAACACUGACAGGCAGCUGUCUGUCACACGCUGUCCCUGGAGAAGUUAGCUGAGGCAUCCUGUGUUGGGGAGCACGGCUGAGCUUGCCUGUCGCACACCCCUGGACAUGACACAGAAUCCAGCAGGAGGAUUCACGCCACACGUGGAGGCCAAGAUGGCCUCAGGGGACUGCUGCCGUCCACUGCCUUAACUGUGCCUCUGGCACGGUGGCCCAGCCAGCUGCAGACCUCACUCGGACACAACAGACGACAGGAACCACCCUGUCCCCGCUCAGGUGCUUGUGCACAGAGCACCAGGCUUGUGGGCGGCUGCGUGGCCGAGCUGGGGAGGCUGAGAGUCCGCCUGCGUGGGCUGGCGGCCGGCCGGGAGCACCGGGACAGAGGGGCUGACCAGUCCCCUCGCCCCACGGCGGUCUCCAGCGCCUCCACACUCCUGCCCCGAGGCCGGUCGCCACCGGGGAGUCCACAGUCAUAAAGCAAUAAGCCCAACUGUAGCGUGGAGACGCCAGGUGCGCCGGCCACAGGGUCCUGGCCCCGAGCUCCCAGCUGCUGGGCGUGUGC